CCUCAAGCCUCCAUUCGUCUUCCCGGAGAGCCAUAGAGUUCCGCUACGUGGUCUCUUGUUCAAGAAUCGAUCAAUUUCCUUUUGGCCGGCUCAAAGCUCUGCCUCGGUUUUUUGCUGGCAAUUUGCCUUAUUUUGGCUUGAUUUCAACGAAAUUCCGAGCCGUUCGAGGCAUCCAGUAUUCUUGAUUAGCAGUGGCUUUUUUUAUCACUGUUUCUCUGAUAUUAUUGGAGAUCGUAGUCGGUAAUGGCGGGAUAUGAUGGAGAUGAAUAUGAAGAUUAUGAUGGUUAUGAUAUGGAAGGGGAACAGCAAUAUGAAGAGGGAUAUGAAGAACAGGAAGAAGAAGAAGAAGAAGAAGAAGAAGCAGAAGAGGAAGAUCAUAAGCCUACUGAGGAAGAAAUGGAAUACCUUGAGUUAAGGCAGCGGCUAAAAGAAUCCAUCAGACAGAAGAGGAAGACGGAAAGUGGUUCUCUCUUAAAUGCUAGAGAGAAGGAGAAGAAGCUUCCAUAUGAUAAUUAUGGAUCCUUCUUUGGUCCUUCUCAGCCAGUGAUUGCCCAAAGAGUAAUCCAAGAAAGCAAAUCAUUCUUAGAAAACGAGCAAUUGGUAUCUAAAAUGUUGGAAUGCAAAAAUAGUAAAAAAUUUUACCCUACUUCAAAUAGUUCAGGAUCAAAGCUUGGAGUAAAUGACUGGCCUCCUAAAAUAAGUGAGCUCAAAAAGAAAGUUGAGAAACUUAAGAUGGCGAGAGAUUACUCUUUUCUGUCUGAUGAUGUCAAACUUCCAGUUCCUGCAAAAGAGCCUCCACCACGAAUUAUCUCCGUUCCAAAUUCUGAGGCCCGACCAGCUCACAUGGCAUUAAAGAGCAAACAACCAUUGGGAAAUGGUAGCAGAAAUGUCCAAGGUGUCCGUGAAGAAAGAAAAUCAGUUUCUUUGAAUGGUCACUCACAUCCUAAAUCUGGGUCCUACAAGCCAACUUCUGCUUUCAAACCAAAUUUGACAUCAAUUGAUUCUAAGAAGCAGCUCAGUGUCAAUAAUGGAAUUGGACCUGGCCGGCCUACAGGAGCAAAAGCUUUGCCUUCAAAAAUGUCUGUUGCAGCCAUGGAAAAGAAGAUACCUGCUCCAGGUGUGAAGAAUCUCCCACCAAAUAUGCAGAAAGCACUGUCUUCGAAGAUGCAAUUAUCUAAUUCAAAACAAGCUUGGGAACAGAAAAAGGGAUCACAAGAACUGGCUAACAGUGGAAUUUUGUCAAAGAAGCCAGUGCCACCUUCAAUUUCAAAACAGGCAGUGCCAUCAUUGAUGUUGAAAAGGCCAGCGCCAUCAUCAACGUUGAAACGGCCAGCUCCAUCAUCAAUGUCUAUACAGUUGUCCAUGUCAUCCUCAAAAUUGAGACCUCAGAUGAGCAAGCCACUAAAGCAAGUCUCAUCUCAUGCUUCAUCACAAUUUCAAAAACUGAAGAAAAAGCCUUUGUCUGAGGAUGAGAAGGCCUUAAGUAUGAUCAGAAGAAUGUUCAACACCCCAAGAUUUGUUGGUCGUGAUGAUGAUGAUUAUGAUGAUGAUGAUGGUGAUAUCAUGGAGGCAAGCUUUGAUGAGAUUAUGAGAGAGGAGAAAAGAAGUGCAAAAAUUGCAAGAAAGGAAGACGAAGAACAACAACGAUUAAUAGAGGAAGAAGAAAGACGAGAGCGGAUGAGGAAGUCGGCAAAGAAGCAAAAGCUAAGCCACUAGAGGUGUCUGUUCCUGAACUAACGAUAGUUUAGACAUUUAAUUUGCGUCAGGUUAGAUCCACAUUAGGCGGCAGUGUUGAUGUUGCCUUCCGCAUAAUUAUUUAGCUUCACUUCUUCUAUUGGUAGAGCUUUUGUUUUAUUUUUGUUGGUAAUAUUAGAUUUGAAGGCAACGAGAGAGAAUCGUCACGGAUGGAAGCCCGGAUUCUCGUUGAUUAAUGUUUUCAGUGUUUGAUUUUCUUUGAAAUUGAACAGAUGGCUGAAAAAAUGGAAUAUGUGACAAGAGUAGCAGAAAUGGUGGAUUCUGUUGUUUAAUGAGAAAUAAAAUGAAUGAUAAUGAUGGAAUUGGAGGGGAAGGUGGAAUUCCUGGAGGCAGAUCUUCACUUACAUUUUAGUGUGUUCCACUUGAGUUUUACCUUUCAUAAAUUUAUUUACUUCAUUUUAUGUAAAGCAGAAUUUGUGUUUUUGGCAAAAGAAAGCACGCGUAGCAGUUUAUGGAAAGGGAAGGGCAUUUCUAAAACAAUUAAUUAUUGGCAGGAGAUUGGGAGCUGAAGCCUGAAGUUCCGCCUUUCUACAUUUGUUUUUCGGUGCUUCUCUUUUUUCUGUUUUGCUGAAUGUUUUUCAGUACUUUCUUCAAUGGCAUACAGAAAUCAUUCCGUCUAUCCUGUUGGCAGGACAAAGUUCAAUAAAAUGGAGCUCAGCUU